UGACACUUGCACGUGGUGGUAUAAUAUUUAGCUUUUGCUGUGUGUGGUGUAAACAUUCUGUAAAUUUCAAAGGAAUAAAAUUGGAAGAAAACCGACAUUAAGAAAAAUGGCCAGCAAGCAUAAAGUCAAAGAAACGUUUGAAGUGGACGCAGAAUAUGGUGCAAUUUAUACCGGUGGUUUGGUUAAAUGGACAUCAAAUGCGGAAAAGAUUUAUUGCCAAGACCAAGAGAGAAUCAAUGUGAUUUCGGUGGCUGAUAAUAAGGUGAUUCAAUCGAUUGGUGAACAAGUCAACGAAGGAAAUGUUGUUGAAGAUGCGAUUUAUACAUUUGCUUUGAGUGACGAUGACGAACUAUUAUGCACUGCACAUCGAAGUAGUUUGAUUAAAUUAUGGCAAACCAACGAUGGCACCCUGAUUAAAACAUGGAAAUCAGCACACAAUGGUCCGAUUCCGAUGCUGGAUUUUAACACAAAUGCAACGCACAUUGCAAGCGGUGGUGCCGAUUCGUCUGUUCGUAUUUGGGAUCAUCAGCGUAAAACAUGUGUCGGCAGUUUGAGAGGAUGUGUUGGUGUUUUAAGUGUACUAAAAUUCAAUCCACAAUCGUUGAAUCGAACAGUGUUUGCCGCUGGAAAUGAUAAUAAAAUCAAUGGAUGGAACUUUGAAACACGUCAAUUGGUGUGCUCAUUGAAUGGCCACAUGACAAAAGUAACAUCUCUUUCAUUCAGUUCAGACGGAAAAUGCAUGGUAUCUGGAAGUAGAGAUAAAGUCUUAAUUCUAUGGGAUUUGGAAAAGUAUCAACAAGUUCGUGUUGUGCCUGUGUACGAAACAAUCGAAAGUGCCAUUGUACUGCCCAAUGCCAUCAAAUUGCCGACCAGCGUUAAAUUGGACGACGAUAAAAUCUAUGCCGCAUCGGCCGGCGAGGGUGGUUUAAUUAAGGUGUGGGAAAUGAAUACAGCACGAUUAAUCUAUGAACAACAAAAUAGUUUGGUGUCAAAGGCAAAUGAAACAGAAGGAUUGGCCAUAACACAAAUGUUGUAUAACAAAAAUGUGUCGCAAUUUGCCGUUGUCAGUGCCGACCAUAACAUUAUGAUCCAUAAUUCCAGCACAUUUUAUUGUACAAAACAAUUUAUCGGAUUCAGUGCUGAGAUUUUGGAUACGGUAUUUGUUGGUAAAAAGGAUCGAUACCUAGCAGUUGCUACCAAUAGCGCUGAUAUCAAAAUAUACGACACACUUGAUAUGAAUUGUAAAAUUUUAAAAGGUCACACUGAUAUCGUUCUAUCGUUGGCUUCGUUGCGUAAUUUCCUUCUGUCCGCUGGAAAAGAUAAUACAAUUCGUUUGUGGGAGAUAAAUCCAAGUGAUUUUUCAAUUCGCUGUAUUGGCAUCGGUAGAAAACACACAAAAGCCGUUGGUUCAGUUGCAUUUGGCAAAAUAUCGCAUCAAACAUUUGCUUCGGUGAGUCAAGACACAUGCAUUAAAGUAUGGAAAUUACCAAAAGAGCUCGAUUCAAAUGAAACAAUCAAUUUGAAUUGCAUCGCAACGGAAAUUGCGCACAAAGAAGAUGUAAAUUGUAUCACAAUCUCACCGAACGAUAAAAUGAUUGCGACAACGUCACAAGAUAAGACGGCCAAAUUGUGGAGCCUAAAUAAUUUAUCGUUGUUGGGCGUAUUGCGUGGUCAUCGUCGUGGCAUUUGGUGUGCACGAUUUUCACCCGUCGAUCAAGUCUUAAUGACUACAUCCGGUGAUUGUACAAUUAAACUGUGGUCUUUAACCGAUAUGUCGUGUUUGAAAUCAUUUGAAGGUCAUGACAGUUCGGUGAUGCGAGCCGAAUUCUUGAGCCAAGGCAUGCAAAUUCUAUCGGCCGGUUCGGAUGGUCUGAUUAAACUAUGGAACAUCAAAAGUUCGGAAUGUAUAAGCACAUUGGAAAAGCAUGAUGGCCGAAUUUGGACAAUGGCCGUUACAACGGAUGAAUCACAUUUUGUAAGCGGUGGCGCCGAUUCGUUGUUGGUUAAAUGGCGAGAUGUGACCGAAGAGCAAAAGGCCACUAGACAAAAAGAAAAACAAGAAUUGGCACUUGAGGAACAGGAACUCGACAAUUUAUUACGCGAAAAGAAACAUUUGAAAGCGUUGAAAUAUGCACUACGACUAUCGAAACCAAAGUUAUCGCUUAACAUCAUCACAGAGGUGAUCAAGUCACAAGAAGACGGAUUGGAUGAAACUGUAUUGAAAUUAAACGAAAGUGAAAAGGAGAAACUUUUAAAUCAUACACUUUCAUGGAAUACAAAUAGCCGAAAUACACGAACAUCGCAAUUGGUGCUGAAUCUUUUGUUGAAAGAUGUGCUCAAUGGAAAAUUCAAACCAACUAGUCGCAUCAAGCUGGUUGAAGACGCAUUACCGUACACGGAACGACAUUUUAAACGAAUGACCGAGCAUCUGACUGCAAUCAAAGCACUUGAAUUCACACUAAAGUGUAUGCAACCGCAUGCCAAUUUGGAGAACAACAUGAAUGUCGAUGAAGAUUAAUUUUUCAAUUUUAGGAAAUAAGACACAAAAAUUGUUUUACGAUAAAAACAAAAAAUACAUUUAUGAUCGCA